GCCACAGGUAAAAAUCAUUUUGAACCAAAACUUUCUUCAUCAACAGUUGAUCAAAUCAAGUCUGAUAAAAAAAUGAGAGUUCUUCUAGUCGUCACGCUUCUUGCUUUGGCCGUCGCUUUUAUCGAUGCCAACCCCAAUCGGGUGAUGAAGCGGAACCGCGUUGUGCACAAAGCGAGACGGGACCACAUACAACAACCACGAGGCGCUGUGCCUUCAUCCGGGUCUGGAAUGGUCGUUGAUACGAUGGGAGAUGUGAAAGACAUGGUUGAAGAUACGGUUCCGGAGAAAGAUUUGAUGGACAAACCGAAGAAAGACGACGAGGUCUGUCUGAAGAAGAAGGAGCUGGGUCCCAUCGUCGAGUUGGUCGAGCUCUUCUACCUGAUCCAAGAUUUCUACGCCUUCCGAGAGGCUUGCGGUGAAUUCGACUACGACGAAGAGUACUACUUCUCUGGCGCAAUCGACAAACGAGGAGACGACUACGACGAAGAGAAAGAAGACGAGGAGUUGCUGCUGGAAGAGAUUGACAUCUGGGAGAUCGAAUGGAAGGUGUUCGGAGACUUCAUCGAUGCCGCAUUUAGAUGCGACUGGCAGAAGUUCUGCGACCGAGUCCCGUUGUCGCCUGAGGAUGAGGCAGCCCUCUGCCCCUACGGCCCAUUUUUCUGGAGGAAAUAGGCUGAACAGUCGUGAACGGAAUCAAGCUGGAUGGCUCAAAUUGUGAAUGAAAAAGACUCUGAUUUUAACAUUUGGAUAAAGUUUGUGUAGUUUAUAGUGUCUGUUUUGCAGCCCAUAGAUGAUGUCUUUGUCUGUGUCAGUUUUCAAAUUGUAAAA